GCGUUUGGCAUUCCAAGUCUGACUGCUAUAGGGGAAGGACGUUAGCGGCGCUCUCACUUGCCAAUGCGUUUAUUUAUUUCUCACUUGGAUUAUUUUCAUUUGGACCUCAUUGGAUAUACAUUGUAUUACUGUUGUGUCGUGGUGGAGUAACAAGCAAAAUAAAAUACUGAUGUUGGCCCAAACUUGUGCUGCAGCAACCUAUGGAUUUCAACCCGUUGGAUAUACUAGCUGCCGCAGCUCUUGGAGAGAAAGAUGCAUCGUCUGAUAUAAAGUGUACCAGUGGAGGCCAGGAGGGUCCUUCUGGUUCUAACAAUACAUCUGAGGAAUCUGAAGAGAGUAAAGAUGCUGAAGACGACACUGAAACUGAAAUGGGGAAAACAACAAGCAAUGGUUUGAAACCUAGUAAAGGUGUCAAGGAGGCAGAGAAAACUAUGGCUCCUCAGAAGUCGCCAUGGAGCCCUGAUGCUUUCUUGUCACCCAAUUUGGGGAGUUCUAAUGUCAUAUCAGAUAAAUUUUCCAUUGGAGACUUGGUGCAAGACCUGAAGAAAAGUCCAGAAUGCGAGAAACUCCUCCAUACUUCAAUCCUUAGUGAUCCAUUAGGCGGUCCUUUGGAAAAUUCUAAAGAGUUUGAAGACAGUCAUUACAAUGGAAUCAACAAUAAUGUUAUUUCUGUAAAGAAUGUUACCAACAAAUUGGCUUCUGAUGUGUUGUCUGGUGCAUCAACUCCAAAGUCACCAUCACUUGGAAGUCCUCCAUCCGUCAAAAGUGUAGAUAAUGACUGUCCUCUGAGAGAACCUGAAGUUCCUACAGACAAUUCGGAGCAGGGGAGUCCUAGUGACACAGACACAGCAGAUAGUGAUUCCAAAUCAUUAGAACUGACAGAUGUGACUGCAUCUGAAUCUGUUGGGUUGGACCAUCCCUAUGCCCUCGUACCUGGUCAGCCUGGACCAUCAUCCAUGAUGGAUCCCUUCGAGGAAGAUUAUGAUGUGGAUGUCUGCUCUCAGAGCAGUCCACUGACUGAAGAAACAGAACAGCGGUCAAGGAAUUUAUCGCUGGAUUGUAACUACCUGAAAUCAGGGAUUCUUGAAGGUGUCUCAGCAAGCACUCUGGAUCUUUAUAGAAUGUCAUCAUGUGCAUUAGGGAGGUCAAAACUUCCAUCUUCAUCAUCGUCAACAUCAUCACCCACUCAUGAUGCAUCUUCUAAACCUGCGCUCCUAAAUCUGCACAAAGAUGAUUCUGGUGACACACCCUCAAGAGCUGCUACACCUGUCAUUGACAGUGGUGCACCUUCUCCAGACAAACGCUCCCCCAAGUAUGGAAAGUUCAGGAUUGGCACUUUUGCCAGUUUUAGUUCUAGUAAUUUAGAACUGGAAAAAUAUCUAAGGAACAAAGACCAUGUCAAUGGUAAGAAGUUGAACAUUGGAAUUCCUCCUGACACAAGUUUAAUCAAUUCUUCUUUGAGUUCUCCAACAACCUAUCCUUCUUUACAUCCACUGUUGCAAUCACCAAGUUUAGAUUGGGACAGAUCAGAAGCUGGCUCUGAAGCCCAUGACGACAGUUCAGAUGCUCGAACUCCUCAUAGACUGUCUCCUGAUUUCACCGUUGAGAAAGUCACUGAAUGGUCACAUCCGAUGUAUCAUGAUCAUGAUUACUGUGCGAAGGAUUCAGACUCAAAACCAAGUGUUGAUGAGGCUUCUAUCUCCAGUUCAGCCAAGCGAAAAUAUACAAAAAGAAAAUCGAAAUUGGAUUCUGUUGUCAAUCAUGAAAAAAUAAUGAAGGCUAAAUACCUGAAGAAGGAACUUUUGAAGCAAGAUACGUUCAAGAAGACUGCUCCCUCUGAAGUGGAAUUUAUGCCGGUAGAGGCACAAUCAGUCAAGGCAAAUCCUGUCGGACGUCCGAAGAAGAGACCUUUUGAAAAGACAAUUGAGGAAGAAAUUGAUCCAGAAACAGGAGCUAAAAUGAAGAUUACUGGUAAAUUUCAGGAUCAGUAUGUGUAUUAUUUGUCAAAGUCUUCCAGAACAACCAGCAGAAGACGUCAGGCACCAGCAUUACCAUUUCCAUCGGACAGAAUAAUUGUUCCUGCUCCGAAGCCUGGAGACAUCAUCGUUCCUCAUCUCACAGAUGAUGAUGUGGAGGCUGUCCGUCUGAGAGGCCGAGAUGCACUUAAUCCCCCUGAGAGACCCCCUAUUAGUAGUUCCAACAUUGUUUCUCCAGUUGUGCCGUCCACCACAUCAAGUGAAUUGAUAUCCGAUGUGGAUAGUCACAUUGUGAGCACUAUUCUCAGCAUGGAAAGUGACAUAGGCUCCCCUUCCACUUCUCAACCAUCAGACAUGUCCACCUCUGAUUUAAAUCCAAAUCAGCCUGCCUUGACUGAAAGUCUUAGGCUGAUGAGUGGAGACAACAGCAUCACUUCUGAACACGUGCUGAACUACCUCUUGAGUGUAGUGAAAGAUGAAGUUCCAGAGGAUAAUCUACUGAGCAGCACAACUGGCUUUGAUACAAGCAGUUCUGCACUGUUUUCACCGUUGUCAUCAGACUCCAUCUACAGCAAAGUGGAUCAUCUAGAGCCACAGGACGUGCACCGAUCAGAAAUACCAUCAGGCAGCGCUCUUUCAAAUGCCUGUGGUGACAUGCUCAAAGAUGAUUGCAGGGCACUACAGACUCCUAUUACUUCAUCCAGCAGCAUUCAUUCCUCGCACAGUCAGGAACCUGUUCAUUUUGCUCACUCUCUUUCAAAAGACCAAGAGGAGGAUAAUGUACAACUUCCUGACGAUCUUUCAUCGUUCAUGUCUAAUUCUCAGGGAACAGCAUCAUCAAGCACAACACAAGAUGGGGACUCACAUGGUUCUCUCAAGAGCAUGUUUGGGUCUGAUCUCAGUUCACUUGGCACACCUCAGCUUUCUUCAUCGGUGCCCAGGCUAACUUCCAUUGAAAAGACCUUGGAUUUCCUUGGAGUAAAGGAUGACGAGAUACGGUUGGAUAAUACCGAAGUGUUCAGUUCAAGUUCAAAGCUUCACUCGGAUAUCAGUAGCAGUCAGCUUUUGGCUUCUGACGCUAACUGUUCUGGAGAUGAUACUCCUUGGAUAGUGACAGUUACACUUUACUUCAAUGAUGUUCCCGCCAUUAUGAUCAAUAAUCAGCCCUUUAUUAGACUGGUUGAUAUUCAUAAACAAAUCUUACCAGCAAAAGACACGGGUAUUUUGAAAAAACGCUGCCAGCUUCUUAAGAUUCCAGUUCUAAAUUGUAGUGAAAUGCAGCGCUAUUUUUUAGUCCAAUAUGGUAGGGCUUAUAAUUCAAAAAGUACACUGAUCAUCUCAAAAGACCAAGCGACGGAGCUAGUGACGUACUAUGCUACGCCACAACCUCGCGUAGGGAGAGGUGAGGACGCUCAUCAAGUUCGCUCUCAGAGUCGGGGCUCUGACUCCGGUGGAACAAUGUCACCUGUCACAGUCAUUGGAUCUGUUACCUGCAAGAAAAAGAGUCACAACAGAGGAGGAAGGAAGUCAUCAUCUGCAGCUCAAGGUGUUCUGGUCUCCGAUGCGACUGAUGUCCCGACCGUGGAUGUGGCAGGCAAGCAUGGCCCUGCUGAACCUGCCACUGGCAAUGGACUUCAUAGCAAGCGCACCAGACACAAGAAGAUCAACUACUUAGAGAUGCUACGUGGGGAAGAAAAAGAGAAGACAUCAGAGGAUGCCAUAAUGGAGACCAUUGAAUCUGUAGUGAAGUCUUCUCCUGGGUACUAUGAUCUGCAGAAAAGCAAGAAAAAGUGUAUUUCUUCUACUUCUAGUGGUAAUGUUCCAACAAAGAAAAAGCUGAAGUCUAGUGCACACUGUGAUAAAAAGGUAAAAAAGACGAAGCCAGGGAAAGUUUCCAAGUUUUGUCUGAAGAAAAUCGGACAGGGCCCUAAAGUAAGCAAAGAAAAACUUGAGCAUACUAUAGAAAAGGUUAAAAGCAGCAAAAUAAAAAUGUCCAAAAAUGACAGACCAACAGAUAAAAGCUGUGAUACUACAACAACACCACCAACAGACUUGGACUCGGAUGACAACGAUUCAGCCCAGGCCAAGUCAAAAUUUCGGCCUCUCAAAUUGAAAGUAAACAGCUUACUAAACUUUGCUGGAAACAAGAAAAGCCCAUCUCCCACUAAAAAAGGACUAUUUUCUCGCAGCAACUCAUCGUCAUCCUCAACAUCGGACAGGCCUCUGAGGGUCCUGGCAGUGGCUCACCAGCCUGCUCUUCUGAACGAGAAGGAAGAAUCACACUUGCCUUCUCAGCCUGCAGACAUCCACCUCGAUCUUUUCACUCGAUCUAGCUCGCCGUGUGUUCGUUGUCAAACGUGCAGUCAGUUCCUGUCAGUUCCUGACUUCAUGCGACACCACCAUGUGGCCAUGGACAACGAAUGGCUUGCUACUGAAGCAGCCCACCGGAUCCUUGUGCCUAGAAACAAGGAGAAUAUUUCUGAACAGGAGAAAAAGCUCUGGGAGGAGUUCCACAGGCUCCAGGAAGCUAUCGGUGGCUUUGGAGGUGAUGACGAGAGUGACAGUGAUGAGAACGAUGACUACGGAGACGAAGACCAGUGCUCCCUCAACGUGUCUGGGACGUCGUCCUCCCUACUGGGCAUUGACGGGUCACCACCAACUUCUCCUGGGCCGGCGGACAGACCUCAGAUCUUACAGCACAUGGAGGACGUGUUGUCUUCAGAUGGGGAAGAGGAGGAUGAGGUGGACGCCUCGUCACAUCCUAUUUCUUCCUUAACUCUGCCUUCUUUUGAUCAACGUGCACAGAAAUUGAAACUUGAAAUGGCUUCAAAAAUUGGUUUAGUGAAGCGGGAUCAGAGUAAAGAUAAUGGAUCUUCAAAUGUAUCUUCUCUAAUUGGGAUUAAAAAUGGUACUGCUCUUUCAAGUUUGAGAACCAGUUCACGGAAAAGAAAAUCGAAGCAGUUGUUUUCCAUUGAAAACUACUACAUGCCCAGAAAGAUUGCAAAUGGGGAUGAACUACAAAGUGGAAAUUCUUUGCAGAAUGGUUCAAUUGAUGGGGGAGGUUCCUUUGAAACUCAGUUCACGGGUUGAAUCUGUGAAGUUGUUGUUUUUUUAAAAAUGUAAACAGUUUUCAUUUCAAAAAGAGGGAAAAUUUAUGGUGUUGUACCUUAUUUGUGGAGGAUUGUGAAGAGGAUUUGUAUUGUGGAGGAUUAUUUAUUUUGCAUGCUGGAAAUCUCUUCAUUUCAGUUGUAGGGUAAGACUUUAAAAAGUCUAUGACUCUGUGUGGCUUUCGUAUUCAAUGAGGCAUAAAUUACAACUUUGUUAUUUGAAUUGUGACAUUCACAUUAGUCUCCAGUUCUCAGUUUCCAUGUUUAUGAAAAUAAAUGUCUAUGGGAAAAUGGUAUGUGUCUUAUUUUUAAAAAAGAGCUCGAGGGUGGUUUUGAUGAAUUGUAAAUUCUUCACUCUAUCUUCCAGAUGAAAAAGAAUUUUUAAAAUUGAAUUCAAAGGCAACACUGUAGAAGUAGAUGAAAGAAUUAAUCAUUGAAAACAUGUUAUUCAAAGGAAAGAAAUGUUGCUAUCAAUCUGUGAUAUUACCUGUUUAUAAUCUUGUAUAGUAGUGUGACAUGUUUAUUACUCUCUUUAGCUGCUAAUUUGUAUCAUGUGUUGAUGGGCUUUGUCAUACAUGUAAUAUUUCCUUUUUAACUCAUGCUUUUCAGAACAGAUGCCUAGCCUGUUGUUGGGGUUGUGGAAUUAAAGUGUUUUUGUAAUACAUGUGUAUGUGAAAUUGUAUCAGUUGAAAGUGUGGUGCACUGGUUCAUUUUAUGCAAAGUUUGGCUUGCUGGUAAAUGUUUUUCGAUCAUUUCAUCUCUGAAUGAGGUUUUUGUUGUAUGAAUCAAAUCUUUUCUUUUUUCUCUUUCUUGUCCCAGUCAUUUUACUUCCAUGGUACAGUACAUCUUUUAUGUUGAGCUCAUUCUCGUUUCCUCAUUGAGUUACCUUUUUUGUCUUGUUUUUCUUACAUACAAAUAUGCUCUCACACUUUCUCAAAACAUGCAUAAAAAGCCUGAUUAUAAUGCAAUAAUUCCCUUUGGACAGUUUUAAAGUACAUUCAGUCUUGUCUAACUAUAGGUAGUUGUUCUUCUGUUUCCAAAGUACUUGGUUUUGCCUCACUAAACAUUUAUUUUUGCAGUUACAGACAUUGAAGUCCUAAUGUGAGACGAGUAUGUGUCAACAGUUCCAUGAAAAAAAAUUGGCAGGAUAUAAAAAUUAUGUAUGGUAAAUAUUUCAGUAAAGAUUCCAAGGUCUUUAAGUAAGAAGAUAACAAACAAUGAAAAAGGAAAAAAAAAAAAAAGAAUCGGAUUCAGAAGGAAGAGGGGAGGAUUUUUUUUCUGAUGUGCCCCUCCUACAUUCUUUUUUGUUUGUUGAAGUAAUUAGCUACUCUGUGUAAGGGUUGUACACUUUUUUUAUUCGUUUGUUUCUUUGUUUGUUUGGGGUUUUUUUGUAAAAGGAAAGUGAAUGACAGUCAAAUUUUGAACUGCAGGGCCGAGAUAUUAAUCAAGCUGUAUUUCAAGGCAGAAAAUACAGACUGAAAAUAGUCGGCAAAAAAAUAAAAAUAAAAAACAUGUCAAAUUUGAGAAUCUUCAACAUAGUAAAACAUAAAUUAUGAAGGAACGUUCAAUAUGUAUGAUUUAUUCAAUCUCCAUUUCAAUUCUGAAUGUGCUAGUCACGUUUUAUUAUGAUGAAAAGAAACCAUUAUUGGCCAAGUUAUAGCCAAUUUUGUGUAAUCAACUGAACUUUGAAAUCACUAAUACAACAGCUACAAAAUGAUAUGCACAAUUGAAAACACCUCUCUUCUCGUGCAAA